AUGACUGCUUGUGACCAUAUUGUGUGUCUUCGCCACGUAGAAAACGAACGGACAGGAGAGAUUGUGCUUGAGGAUACGGGUCGAUUCUGGCGCGUGGUUCAAGAACUGCCAAAGCCAUCACUUCAAACGCCUCAGCUGGCGCUAUUCAUCGGCACCAAUGCCAAAGAUAACGCUCUGAAGCAUAUCUAUCCACAGAAUAAUAUUGAGGAUGGCCCGCAUGACUCUUUGAAACACGACUUACUCCGGAAAGCGCUCCAAUUCCAUGCGGUGCAGCUGAAUAAUGUUUUCUCUGCAGCUCAGACCUUUCAGCUGGCAGGCACGUAUUUAUCUCCACUGGCUCGGUACCAACGACUCCAACAUGAAAUUAGAACCCAGACUCAGCAAAUGCUGGAACUGAAACAGAAAUCUCAUAUGCUCCUGUCCGCGUAUCACCUUGCCUCGUUUUUCGCAAAGGCGGUCGAGAAAUUAGCUCAAAGCCGUUCCGGGGAGUUCAACUUCUUCAGUGAAUCCCGCAGACGGAACGAAAUAGGUACAGACUACCAACGGCAUAUAGAAACAUUCUUGGCGCAGGCCCAGCGUCAGAGGACCUCCUAUGAUAGCAUCGCAUCCUUCAUCGCGACAAGCAUACUAAUGGAUGCAUAUCCACCGCGAAUGCACCGUCAGUGGCUCCCACGUUUGAGAGACUUGAGUGACCCUGCUGACCCUCCUAGGCUUUCCAAUUGA